CGAUAGGAGAAUGUGGUCUCACUUUCCACUCUUCACUCAUCUUUGAGUCUCACAAACCUAUUAGUCUUGAAUUCCAUCUUCAAUACAAACCAUAAGAUAAUCUCAAUUUGAAUUCAAAAUCAGUUCAACACAUAAUUGAUUAUUAGUUUUGAUAUUGUUUUGGUUGUAAUAUCUGUUAAAAGAGAGCAUUCAAUGGAAGAAAGUCGUGAAUCUCGGAAGUGUUCGUUCAGAAUAGCGGGCCCUCCGAAGGAGAGUUUGGGUGAACUCUGCAAAUGUACUAAAUUCACUAAAAGGGAGAUCCAAGUCAUGUACAGAACAUUCAAACAGGACUGUCCGACUGGUCUGUUAGAAGAGGACACCUUCAGAGAAAUAUUUACUCGAUUUUUCCCCUAUGGAAACGUCAACCCUUAUGCACACUACGUGUUCAAGACUUUUGAUCACAACAGGGAUGAAGCCAUAAGUUUUAAAGAUUUCCUGCAGUGGUUGUCUCUAUUAUGUCACGGAUCAUCUCAAGAGAAGUUGAAGUGGGCUUUUCGGCUCUAUGACAUCAAUCACGACGGAUUCAUCACAAGGAAAGAGUUGAGUGAUAUUCUGUGCUCUAUAUAUGCACUCAUAGGACGCCGUACUUAUCCAGUGAUCGAUGAAAGGACUUUAAGAGAUCAUUGCGACCGAACAUUUCAGAAAUUAGACGUAAACAAGGACGGAGUGGUCACUUUUGAAGAGUUUAUGGACAUUUGCGCUCGGGUAGUCUAAUUGAUUUAUGUCGUAAAUAAAUAAAUAUGACUUAAUAUGACUUAACUUAUACUUUUAGGACGAGGCGAUUGCCCGAUCCCUUGCAAUACUGGACACAAUAAUGUAAAGAAAACAAGUGAACAGAGAAGACAUGAAUCUCAAUAGAAUUUAUUUUAAAUACUUUAUAAUUGUUUAUUAAGGUUAAGAAUGUCAUAAGAAAGGAUUCAUUGCACACUGUUAUCGUAAAUGUAUGAAUGCAUCACAAUUACAUUGAUCGAGCACAACCAUAAUGUUGAUAUGAAUCAUAUAGAACUCAAUCAGAUCGACAAACUAUCAAAAUCUACUCAAAAGUACUUUGUGUCCAAAUAUUAUGAGAAAGUUAUUACCAUAUUUACACCUUGGUAUUUAAUACUUAUACUAAUAUCUGUGUUUAAAUACUAAAGGUCAUUUAAUAUUCUUUGGCCCAAAAGUUUAUAAUGAAUUUUAUGAAUUUCAAUUUAAAGAUUGUAAUUUACAGUACAUGUUAAGGACUUAUAAUCGUAAAUAUAUAAUGA